AUGUUUGUUAGAACACAAACAUAUCCGACCACCCAGCUACCGUGUUGUAACAACCUUGAAGACAUUGCCAAGGAAGGCGCUUUUGACAAUGCAGUACAAUCCGAACCUGCCUUCGACUUUGUCAUUCAUACUGCGUCCCCAUUUCCAGGCGUAGUCAAGGACCCGGUAAAAGACGUCUUAGACCCGGCUAUCCGAGGCACAGUUGGUAUCCUGGGCUCGAUCAAAGCCCACGCACCCAAGGUGAAGCGUGUCGUCAUCACGUCCUCAUUUGCAGCCAUUGUCAACACCGCGUCUCCUCCCAAGGUUUACGACGAGUCGUCGUGGAAUCCGAUCACAUGGGCAGAAGCUGCGUCAGACCCCUCCAACGCAUAUCGCGGGAGUAAGGCAUUGGCAGAAAGAGCCGCCUGGGAUUUCGUACAAGAACAGCAACCAGGUUUUGAGCUCGUCACAGUAUGCCCGCCACUCGUGUAUGGACCCGUGGCGCACCAUCUUGCCAGCCUUGACACCCUCAAUACAUCCAACACGCGGAUCCGAGACUUCAUUCAGGGGAAGGUUGCAGGGCCUCAGCUGCCGCCCACAGGAACAUUCCUGUUCGCAGACGUGCGGGAUCUUGCCCAGGCGCAUGUGAAGGCACUCGAGGCUCCCGAUGCGGCUGGGAAGCGUUUCUUCAUUACCUCAGGUCACUGUUCAAACAAGGCCAUAGUGGAUGCCAUUCGCAAGGCACACCCCGAACUCGAGGAGCGACUGCCUCGUGAGCCCAUCGACGACUUCCCUGCAGAUGUCUACGGUUACGACAAUUCAAGGGCCCGGGAAAUCCUCGGAAUCAACUUCCGGACGUUGCAGGAGUGCAUAGGGGAUACUGCUGACUCUCUGCUCAGAUUGGGUGCUUGA